CGACUGCUGCUUAUUGUACAGAGUACAGGGCAAUAUGUCCAUUUCGCGGGAUGAGAAAGCGUGUCAAUUAUUAUAGUGCUUCAAUUUUUUAGCUGAAAGAACCGUAGGCAAGCGGAUGGGAUUCGCAUCGAGCUAGCCGCGCGACUCCGAGCCUUUCCGGUGAAAGAAAAUGAGUUUCUCCGUGAAGAAGACCGGCGGCAGAAUGUGGCAUGAGGCACGCAAGCAGGAGAAGAAGAUCCGCGGCAUGCUGGUCGAUUAUCGUCGCAGAGCCGAACGUAGACGGGACUACUACGAGAAAAUUAAAUCAGACCCUACGCAAUUUCUCCAACUACAUGGCAGACCCUGCAAGAUAUAUCUGGAUCCAGCAAUAGCUGCUGCGGGUGCUAGUCCUGCAAACAUGAUGCCAUGGCAGAGCAACGAAGACAAUCUCAUAGAUCGUUUUGAUGUACGGGCACAUCUCGAUUGGAUACCAGAGAUAUCCAACACCAUUGAUGUUGAUAUCGCUCUGACGAGUGAAGAUAGACAUAUCAACUACGAACGCUAUCGUAUAAUCGUACAAAAUGAAUUUCUAGGAGUGACCGAGGAGAAGUUUCUUCAUCAGAUACAUUUGGAAGAGCAAUUCGGUUCAUCCACAAAGUUAGAUUCCGCAAAGGAUAAGAGAAAGUCUGCUAAUAGUGCUGCUAUUGGUUAUAAUUAUGAAACGGAAGAACCGAUACCCGAGCCAGUAAAAUCGGGAGAUCCAGUGAUAUCGGAGGAAAAGGGAGAUGAUGAAGAUAGCGACAUAGAUUUAGAUAUCUGCGUGGACGUAUCUCAAAUAGAACCAUCUCAGGCGCACGAAAUGAAUCUGGUAGCUCAAAAAUAUGGACUUUUAGGCGCCGAUUACUUUAGCUUUUUAACGCAAGAUUUUGAAGAAGCUGAAAAUAUGCGGCAAGCUCGAAAGCAAGAGGAAGAGAAAGCUAUGUAUUCGGGUCGCCGUUCACGUAGAGAACGACGUGCAUUUAGAGAAAAGAAAAUGAUAGGUCGCGUUAUGAGUCCGCCUAGUUACGCAGCUAGAGAGAGCCCAGAGUACAAUCCUUAUAGAAAAUCAUCUUCCAAAUCGCGAUCGCGAUCUACAUCGCCUGUAAAUGCUGGGCAAAUUACUUAUAUCACGAGCUUCGGUGGGGAGGAGGAGACUCAUGGCAGCACAUCGCACGUGUCUUCGUCGAAUUCGAGAAAAGUCAAUUAUUCGUAUCUCAGACGACGGAGGUCGGAUAGUCCUGCUUUCAAUGAGAGGACUGUCAAUAGGAAAAUAUCCAAAUCUAGAUCAAGAAGUUGUUCACGUUCUGUUAGUAGAACUAAGUCUUAUAGAUCGUAUGACAAGAAGCGAAGUAGAUCCAGAAUAAGUUCUAGAUCAAGAGGCACGAGUUCAAGAGCUCGAAAGUACACAAGAUCUCGGACAAGAAGUCGUUCAAGAAGACGAUCGCGAACGCGAAGCAAAUCACGCUCGCGCUGCAAAAGCAUCAGUAAAUCUCGAUCGCGUACAGUUUCUCGAUCGAAGUCGAGGUCUAGAUCUCGCUCGCGUUUGAAGAAAUCGAGGAGCUCGUCUUCGAGCAGCGUGUCCAAGUCAAGAUCGAGAUCUAAAUCGCGCAACAGGAGUCGUUCGAGGGACAGCUAUCGAAAGAAACGCUAUUCGCCGUCGAAAUCAAGAUCUAAAUCUCGCUCGAGAUCCAAAUCUCCAUCGAGAUCUAGAUCGAGGAGUCAAUCUAGCUGUAAACGAUCGCGCAGCGACGACAAUAAGAUGCCAGCACUGCCAAGGUAUUACGGUCGACGCGGAAAAUCGUCAAGCCUCGAACUAGAGCUGUCUGAUAACGAGGAAAAAUCCAAUCCAAUGACACAAAAGAUACCAAUUAAUACAAGCACGAACAAGCCAAAAGCAGGGUUAAGUACAAAUUCUGGUGUCGGACACAAAUCAAUGAAAAUCACACCUCAGGAGCGGCUUAAAAAGAAAAUGCAGGCCUUGUUAAAUAAGCAAUAUAAAGCAGACAAGAAAGCCGAGCAGUUGAGAAUCGAAAAGAUGGAGCAACAGAGGCAGGAUCGAGAGGACGAGAUUCGGGAAAUGUCUUUGAAACUCCGUCGAAAGCAGAGAGAGCGAAGGCAUCGUUAUGAAGGCCACAGUUCCGACACGCGUUCUUCUGUAUCUCGUUCACCAAGCCCGAGCCGCAGUCCGAGGCACCACGUGCGUCGUGAGAGACGAGACGUGGAUGGUGAACGGGAUCGUGAACGGGAGCGAGACAGAGAGAGAGAUCGACGCGACGAUCGCGAUCGGAGUCGAACCGAAUCGCGUAGAAAAUACAGGGAUUCCCCUCUUCGUUCGCUGAGUCCGAGGAGCAGUAGAGGUUUAGUCGAUUACUGACUUCAGGACACAAUCACGGAAUACAGAAACACAGUUAAUCUUCCAUCCAAAUAAUUUGAAACGUUGCGAAUAUUUCCUGUACAACUGCAUUCCUUCCUCUUAAACCAUUGUUAAUUGCUUAAAAACUUAGGUCUUGAAGGAAAGAUGUAUGGAGUAAUAUAUUACACAUAAGAGCAAUUCUAAAACAUGAUUGCUUAAAAAAUGUGUCUUGAAGAAAAGAUGGAAUAAUGUAUUAGAUUUAAGAAAUUAUUCUAAAACAUGCGUCAUGAAUUAGCGUGACUUAAUUCGCUUUAUAUAUAAUAUUAUAAUAUAAAUAAUUAUUAUAAAUAAAAAUAAUUAUUCUUACGUUGUAUGCUUAGUGAAAACUAAGAGUAAUUAAUGUUAUUACAAGAAAAAUCAUGUUUAUAACUUUUGUUUUUGGCCGAACAAAACAAGACAUCCGUGUAUCAAAAAUAUUAUACCAUUGUAUUUUAGAAUCGAGUGCACUCUUUGCUACCUAUUAUUAUUAGGUACAUUAUUGUUAGAUAAUUAUUCAAGAAUAAAGACCCAUUGCUCAGCAGGAGA